UUCCUUCCUUUCUUUUUUUUCUUUCGAGAAAUGGAGUGAGAAUUUCUGAGUGGACUUUUAGCAUAAAUACUUCUUAUGUUAUUUUGGCCAUUUUAAUGUACAGCCAGAGUCACGAGCCCCCUGCUUUGUAGUUAUUUGAACCCUGACACAUGACUUUAUUUUCAUAUUUGCUAUUGACUGUAACAGAAUACCAUACGCCAGAUGGGUUCUAGAAGGAAGAGAUUUACCUUGGUUCAUAGUUUUCGAAGACCUGGCCAAGGGUCACAUUUGGUGAUGGUCUUUAGCCACAGAGUCCUGAAGUUUAUAGGACAUCAUAUGGCAAGGGACAGUAUGCUUUUGUAUGUGUUCUCUGGUCUCUCGUUUGUAUAAAGCCGCCCAUAUCUGAGCACAGUAGCUCCAUGCUAAUGACCCUAACGAGAUUUCCCAAUGCCCCACCCCUAAGCAUCCCUGACGUGUGAGGUUUCUAAUCUCUUAAUCCCUACGGCAAUCAUCUUUAUGUUACUAUAAGGAUAUCUCUGAGCUAAUCAGUUUUAGAAGAAACGUUUAUCUUUCUCAGUUUCAGAGGUUGGUUGGCCUCAUGGCAUGUGGGCCUGUGGACAGAUAACUCACAAUGCCAGCAAUGCAUGGCAGAGGAAGCUGCUCACCUCAGGGUAGCCAGAAAGCAAGGCUAGAGGGGAAGACGGUGGUCUCACAGUCUCACAUCGAGGACACAUCCCUAAUGACUUAUAGUCUCCUACUAGGCCUCAUCUCUUGGGGAUACUGACUUCCCAUUAGCCACAACUUGGGUGUCCUGCUAUUUAUAAAUGGGCCCUUGGGAGUGAUUCAGGAUAUAACUUACCAGUACCUGAUGGCUAGGAAGAGCCUUAAAAUUGCCAGAGGCAUACUCAAACCUUAGCUAAACCACAAUGGUCAGUAACUGAAGAAGCAACUUAAGCCAUCAUUAAAGUUCUACUCAAGUUAGAACAUGAGCUAGGUCUUGCUUAACUUAUACCUGGAAGUGCAAAAUGAUGGAGAAAGUCGAGAAGCAUGUCUAUUGGUGAGGUGUUUUCAGGAGUGAAUCCCACCCCCACCCCACCCCUGCACCCCGGGGCGGAGAGAUGGCUCAGUGGUGAAGAGCACUGGCUGCAAAGCUAGAGGACCAGGGUUCAAUUCCCAGCACCCACAUGGUGGCUCACAGCUGUCUGUAACUCUAGAAUCUGAACCCUUCACACAGACAUACACGCAGGCAAAACACUAGGGCACAUAAAAUAAAUAAUUUUUCUCUGAAGGGAAUGUUUAAAAGCUUUGGGAUGAAACAAAUAUUAUCUGGAGGGCAUUGGCACCCCUGAAUCACAGUGCAAUGCCCCAGGAAAUCUGUUCUCUCUGUGUCUCUGCUGGGGUAGCAGACCCCAGCUCCAUGCAAAUGCUGAAUGAGGCUGAGGGGAACAUGGGAGAUGAGACAGUGCAUCCACCACACAGUCUUCCCUUGUCUUCACCACCUAUGUAUCUAUGUUUGUUUUGUUGAAAAAAAAAAUCUUGCUACCUAACUCACAUUGCCUUCAAACUCUUAAUCCUCCUGCCUCUGCUUCCCAAGUACUGGACUUACAGGUGUGUUCCACCAGUCCCAGGUUGCAAUAGAUUUUUCCCUAACCUUUCCUUUUCUUGGUUUCUUUGGAAUGUCUUUAAAACAAUCCUUUAUUUUAUGUGUCAUAUGUGUACCUGAGUAUAUGUGUGUAUGUGUAUAUGUGUACCUGAGUGUAUGUGUGUAUAGCACGUGUGUGCAUGGGCCUCAGCACAUUAGACGAGAGCAUUGGAUCCUCUGGAACUGGAGGUACAGGUGGUUGUGAACCAUCACGAGCUACUCACCCUCAUGUGAGUGACAGGGGUUGACCUCUGAUCUUCUGCAAGAGCGGUAAGCAUUCUUGACUGCUAACUCAUCUAUCUAGUUCCCAGACUGCCUUUGAAAACCUCUAAUGUGACUUUUACUUUUAGGAAACUGUAGAAGAAGACUUUCUCCUGAUGUUGCUGUCACACACAACUAAAACUCGUAAACAUUGUGAAUAUUAAAAAAAAAACAAAACCCAAAAACCAAACAAACAGAAAAACACUUAAAAGAUUGUGAAAGGUGAAAAGAAGGCAGGACCUUCUAGGAAACUUGGAAUUCAAGGUUCAACAAGGCAGUGGGUCCCUGGUUUGUCUUUUUGUCCUCACAUGAAACCUCGAUGUGAAGAGGCCUCUAACUCAAGAAUCAUGAGAGAUCCGGAUAAACGAGGCUGCAGCAGAAGCCAAAGACCAGAAAGGAAGCAAACAGAAGCUGGCAAUGGCCACAGCGCAUCUCACAAUGUCCCCGCACCUCAGCAACUGUCACUCUUGCUGUAAGAUAAAAAUCACAAUACCCUAUAGUGCUCUACUAACGAUCCUGAGGUCACAGUUUGUGUGGCCUAGCUCAAUGAUCCCAGUGGCUACAAUUCUGCCACCCCCAGAGGCCCACCUGUAAAUAUAGUUAGAUUAAGUUCAAUCCUCUUGAUAUCUCACAAUGCGUAUUAAAUUUCAACACGUGAGUCUAGCCCAGACUGCUGCCUGAACUAUCUUUCAAAAAACUAUUGAUGUCUCGGUCCUGCUUUAGAUCAUGUAAAUCAGGAUCUCCAGGGGCGGGUAGAGAUUCACUGAAAUGCUUUUCUAAUUAGAGUCUGUUUUACCAGCAUAAGGGACUGGAAUCAGGCAGAUGAGCCAGGUAUGGUGGUAGAAAAUGCCUGCAAUCUCAGCACAAACAGAGGAAAGCGGAGGAUCAGGAGUCAAGUUCAUCUCUGACUACACAUCACUGUGGAGGUUAGUGUGGGCUCCAUGAAAUCCUGUCAGAAUCAAAACAAACACACCAAACCAAACCAAAAAACAAAAAACAACAAUAACAAAAAAACCCCAAACAAACAAAAACCUGAAAUAGCCCAAAACAAACAAAUAAACCUCAACAACAAAAAUCUCUAAAAUUAAAGUCACAGAAAUGAAGCGAGGAGAUAGAAGUCCCUUCUCCCCAUUUUGCUGGUUCCGUGAAAGGCUAGGGUGUCUCCCUGAGUCCAUCCCCAUGGCUCCCGAGCUGCGUUACCCAGAGGCAGAAGAGAUCAGUACAACGUCGUUCCAGGAGGCACUGUCAUAGUUUCCGGAUCUGAUGCUUAGCGUGCCUCUUUCUUCAUACUCAAUCAACAAAUUCCAGUGCAACAGAAGCUGGCAAGGAGGCAGGAGCGACACUCAUUCUUACUCAUGCAGAAAGAAUAGAAACUGUUUCUUUAAAAGCAGCUUUAAAAAAAAAUCAGCAGCACUGACAAAAAAGUGAAAAAAAAAAAAAAAGGUUUUAUGGAAGGGAAAGGCUGGGCCUCCCAGCUUUUGACCUAGUAAAGCUGCUCUCUGACCCCGCUCUCAAAAGGCUUUUUGUGAGUCCGGCUCCCCGAACGUUGAUGAGGAAGAUGAUGUGAGACACUGGAUUCAAUAAAUUUCAAGUAUUCCUAGGGCUUAUCCUGAAUCUGUCAUCUGGUCCCCUCCUCAGUGCCUUGGUAUCUUCCCAUCUGCAGCACUGUACAGGGGCUACUGUUUUAAACAAUUAUUCAAGACACUUUACAUUUUGAUAUUGUGAGAAUAUUACCCCCUCUACCUACUGUGUGUGAAAUAGUUAUUUUUAGUAACCCUUGCUUAAAUUGCAGGUCAACAAAUAUGGACAUGAUCUGGUCUAUUAAUUUUGUGGAAAACACCCCGAUUCUUUAAGACUUUUAUGUGUGUGAGCGUUUGCCUGCAUGCAUGUAUGUUCAACACAUAUGUGCCUGUUGCCUGUGGAGGGCAGAAGAGAGCAUAGAAUCCCUUGGACCUGGAGCCACCAGUGCUGAUGCUGGGAAUUGAACCCAGGUCCUCAGCAAGACCCAACCUCUGAGCCAUCUCAACAGCCUUGGAAACAUCUUUUCAAAAAACUUAUGUCACCUUUCUCAUUUUUGGUAUGAGGAAUAUUUUUUUCCUCAAGUUCCUGUCAAGUUUCUACAGGUGAAGCUAUGUGAAGAGAGCCAGACAUUGGCUGUAUGGAAGUGUGCCUGUGCGGUUUUCAUUCUUCAUUAGUCAACACUUCAGGACCACACUGGUGGACUGCAGACGUGGGUCAUGGGAGAUUGCUCUUCUAGGCCUCUGAGUUCACCUCCUAGCUGUGCGGUAGUGUGUGUUCUCAACACAAGGUAUAAUAUACUAGGUAAGCCAAACCAGUCAGACUUCGGCUGGAUUGCUUUCUAUAACUUUCAUAAGGAGCAUAAAUAUUUUCUCAAGGAAAUUUAUCAUCCUUGAAAUUUACAAUUCUAGGGCUGGGGAUUUAGCUCAGUGGUAGAGCGCUUGCCUAGCAAGCGCAAGGCCCUGGGUUCGGUCCCCAGCUCCGAAAAAAAAAAAAAAGAAGAAAAAAAAAAAGAAAUUUACAAUUCUAUCCACAUUUCUUUUAAAAUACUGUUUUAUUAUGUGUAUGGAGAUGUUGCCUGCAUGUAUGUCAGUGCAACAGAAGCAUGUCUGGUGCUCACAGAUACUACAGGGGGUAGCAUAUACUCUGGAAUUAUAAUGGCUGUGAGUUGCCACUGGAUGCUGGGCUGGAACCUGGGUCCCCUAGAAGAGCAGCAAGAGCUCUUACUUGCUGAGCCAUCCCUCCAGCACUCCUUAUCCCCCAUUUCUUUAAAAACAAUGUUUGCAAUAUCUUUUGGGAGGAAUGAUCCUUUUAUGGAAGCGAGACUACCCCACACCCCCAGAUGCUGGGGUCACAGAUGACUGCUACCGUUCUUAGUGUAAGCUCUGUGUUCACUUUUUAAUGAGGUCAGGCUAUGAGUUCAUGGAGCUGCAAUUUAGGAUGGUGAUAAAACUUUAUGUCUGCAGGGCUUCCAGAUCAAGCAGUUAAAAAGAGAAGACGCUGGAUUUUAUUUGACUUUCAAAUAAGUAAUAAAACGUUAGUGUAAGUAUGAAGCAUGUGGUAUCUAAGAACGCUGAUGGAGGGUAAAUACUGGGAUGAGGAUGACGUAUGGGCCUUCAGGGGAGAACGGCAACAUUCUGCUUCUGGCACACACACAAUGCGCUUUAUCUGGUACAACUUGACAAUCAUUGGCUGAGUGGAUGCAGUGUGGACAGCAAAUAGGUUGUGUGGGGUGAUUCCAAACAAGGCUGGUGCUCAAGUUCAGAUCCCAGCUUUCUUUGAUUCCAUUUUUGCCCACUGUCAAAAUAGUGGUUUUCAAUGCAGGCUAAAUCCCUUCACCUUCUCGAAGGACAGGUAGCAAUAUCUGGACAUGUUUUUGUCUGUAUUGCAGUGAGCAGGGCUGUCACCAGCAUCUAGUUAGUUGAGGCUAUGGAUGUUGCUAAAGGACCUGAGAUGGACAAGGACAGCUCCUUAUGACAGAAUGCCAUCUGGUCCAAAUGUCCACAAAGCUCAGAAGCCCUGGUCUAGACUGGAGUGCACAGGAUUUAGACUUGAUUCUAUCGGAUUACUCCAGGACUGUUGUUACCUUGUUAUUCAAGGUGCCUAACGAAGCGGGAGACUGUAUCCUGUCCUUUACGCUGUAUGAGACCUGGCGGAAGAAAUCUGAUCGCUCCUUCAAUCUCUUCUAAGGGAAGCAUAGAAAAGGUGCCAGCCCUGACUGCUGCAGCCCUUCCUGACUGCAGCAUGUCCUAGAUCUGACGUUUGGUUUGGAGCUGUACAGUUCAGGGGAUCAUGCCACGUAACCCUCUCUUCCUUUAGCACUGGGGUUUCUGGGACUCGCUUAUAAGUGCCAGCUGGAGACAGCAUGUGCCCCUCAUUCUAUUUACUUCCAGGACUGCUCUAGUGCUUGACUUAGGACAAGGCUGGUCGCUAAAUAAGAUAUUCAUGAUAAAUUGAACAGCAUUCUCUGCUUUUUAUUAUGCUCACUCUAUAAACAUUUGUAGACAUAUUUAUAUUAAGGAUCUAAUUAAUUUUCAUGAUAGCCAUGAGAAUCAAAGAGAGGGGUGGAUUAUAGCAUUCUUAUUUUAAGAGGCAAGAACGAAACCUGCCUGGAGUUCCUUACUGAUUACUUGAAAAGCCAGGACUUAAGUGGUGGUUUGGUUAGGGACACCAUAGUACUGUCCCUAGGAAUGAACCUAUGAGCCCAUGGUAACUGUCAGCAGUAAAUGUCUAAUUUAAAAAUCCCCUUAAAAUAAACACGAGAGAUUGGGAGAGUUGCUAAUUAGAAAGGGAUAACAAAGAUAAUCCUAUUGUUUGUAUUUAUCCUUUUUAGACCUAACUGCAGCACAGAGAAAAACAGAAAAUAAUAAGGUAUGAUUCAGCGACUACUUACUAAGGGCUGUCUGGUGCCAACUCUUGUGCUGGGUGUCCCAAAGAUCAGGGAUACUACAUGUCCAUUGUAUGGCAUUGGAGAUGCAGGGAAAGGAGUUUUGUGUGCAAGGAGAAACUGGGCUGCAUCCUUCAUCUACCCAAGGAUAGUCAAACAAUUCCAGUCUUUGUUGAUUAAUGGAAACCAGACAAUUAGUGAAGCCAGGAGUCUCAGGCAGAGGCACAGAGAUGAACUCAAUGCAGGUCAUUCACAGAUCUAUUCCUCAGGGCAAUAGGAAUACUUGGAAACUUAGUCAUGGGCAGCUGGGUCCCCACCCACAGCAUCCGCUUUAAACUCAGGUUGUAGAUUGGCCAGGUGAAUAGGACAGGCUGAAGCGGCCGUGAAGCCUUGGCCCUGCUGCUCAGGCUGUGUGGCUUUGGGUUCUUCUAACAGAGACACAUUGUCCUGGCUACUCACUGAAGCUCCGUUGAUCUGAGAACAUGGUGUGAGCUUUGACUGAUAUCUAGUAAGUGGUGCUUGUCAUUUACAGGUCGAUGGGAUAAAACCGCAUGUUUUACUUAGAUUACUCAUCUUUAGAAAUGACCACCAUGGGAGGAGUCACUUUGGCGAGUGAAGUGUGUGUCUCAGUACUUGUUCUUGGUAUUACUUUAGCAUGGCAGGCUCAGAGGUGAUUCAUUUUUAUUUAACUGCUCCAACAACAUUAUCCAUGCCAGUCCCCGGACUUGAGAAACCUAAACAUUUUUAAUGAAUACGCUUCUUAUCAUGAUUUGUAAGAAAUAGCGUUAGGAUUCUUUUAUUUCUUAAAGACAUUACUUCUGCAUGUGAAUCUAUGCCUGCCAGCAUGCAGGUGUAACUCUUGCAUGCCUGGUGUUCUGCAGCCACAGAAGGCAUCAGAUCCGUGGGAACCAGUUUCAGAUGGUUGUCAGUGGUAACGUGGGGUGCUAGGAAUUGAACUAGGAUCCUCUUCAAGAAUAGAAAGUAAUCUUAACUGCUGGGCUACUUCUCUAGCCUCCUGUUCUUCACUGUUCUGAGGACUAGAAAAGGAACAUUUUAUCUUCAUUAAAAAAAUAUCUUUUUGGUUUGAAGACUGACUGACUUAAAGACCAUGACUAAACUUAAUUUAAAAGUACGUCAACUCUGAAGCAUCUCUUAUGACUACACCAUUCAGAUCACUUAAGAGGCUGGGAUUUCUCUUUAGAUUACCAUCCCUCUAUUUCUCACAGCUAUGUUACAUACGUGUGCUUUUCCCUAAGAAUUAUUUUUUAAAAUUGGAGUGGAAUUUGGAGUAAAAUAGUGUGUGUGUGUGCGCGCGCGCACCUGUGUUGGGAGAGGGAUUUUAAAGUCUGGAUUCCUUGACCUGCCAUACAGCAGUGUGCAUGCUUUGACCUUUGACCUUGGUUACAACAAUUGUAAAGUAGCACUGAAACAGCCAGCGGCUAUCCAGAACUUACUUCACAAGACAGCAAGCCUCCUUUUUACCUCUUAGGUGCAAACUGAUGAAAAUACCCAGCGGGGUUACUAAAAUCCCAGACAUUCCCUUGCUGUUGGUUGACACUCCAAAUAGAGCUGGUGGUUGUCAGUUGUCACUGAAAAUCAGUUAUGUGUCAAGCCACCACUCCAUUUCUUAUCUCCCUUGAGAAGCGCGAUAGCACAGGGUCCUAAGGUGAAAAGGCCAGAGGUGCAGGAGAGGUCAAGAUCUUAAGAGAUCACAUGGGAGCAGACGCAUUUUUAAUCUGAUUUUUCACCGUUUGGGGAAGAGGACGCUAAGUUUUCAGCGUCGUACGUGAAAACCGGUCUCUACAGCUUAGGGAAAGCGGCCAUUAGAUUCACCUUGGGAGCUUGUUAACCGGAUUUCGGGAAGGACCCCACUAGAGGCGUUUCUGAUUCCGUAGGUCUAGGUGUGGUCGUGAAUGUGCCGUUCUAAAGAAUUCUCGGGUAAUGAGGUUGCAGGUUCAGAGAUUCCAGGACCCCAGGUGACUAAACAAGCUACCAUCCAAGCUAACCACCAGCAGGAGAAAAGCAUGGAGGAGGGCGACGGCUGUCCAAACAACUUCAGCAACCUUCAUCCUCUGUCCCCGGGAAUGGGUCAGAACAGGGAAGCGGCAGGAGGAGCGAUGCGGGCGCCUUAGGAACGGGAACUCCUUUCCCCAACUUCCGCCCCUGGGGAAAAGCUGAAGCCAUCAGCUCCAGGAGAGCGGCUCUCCAAUUCUCAGCCUUUAGGUUCUGGCUCUGGAGACAGCCUGUCCUCCCGGUAUCGCCGGCGCCGCUGUACCCCCGCUGUAGACUAGCGGAUUGCAGGUUGAAGGCAGGGUGAGUGGUGCCGGAGGACAGACCUCGCCAUUCGAUCGUAUUUAGAAGAUAGCCACCCACUCGGAAGGGAAAGCUACAGUGGCCGAAGAAGCUGUGAUCUUUCAAGCAGGGCGCUGCCACUGGAGCACAGAGGAGGGUAUACAGAAGACAGCACGGCAGAAGAUACUGUAACUAUAAUGACAAUCUCAAGAUGGGAAGAUGUUUCUAAAUUGUCUCGCCGUAUUUCUAGACAUGGUGUCAGAGCAUCCCAGGAACUCCCAGGAACUUCCUUGUAAGAGUGAAGUCAGAGAAGUCAGAGAAGGAAACAUGAGAUUGAAGCACAUAUCAAGACUGGAAGAAAGACUGAUGAAGAGAAGUAACGGCAUGAUUGAGGUGAUGGAGAUGAACGGGAACACACGGAGAAGCUAGUAUCCUGCAGGAAGCCAAGAUGAGGAGAGUCUUUUUAAAAUAAUCCAAGGAAGAAACCUGUCCAGAAAUGAGGCGACUUAAUGUUCGGACACCAUUGCAUCAAGCGUUUUAAAACUGCCCUGACCAUCUUGUCAAAUGAGUCUCUGCUCAUGAGACCCAACAAGAUGAACCAGCCAAGGAGGGAUGGUGUCUUGCCCUGUCGGAACAGUGACUGCUGACGUCUGAGAGCGAGCUGGGGGCGCCAAAUGUUGUCUGCCAGUACCAUGAAGGAAGUGGUUUACUGGUCACCCAAGAAGGUGGCAGACUGGCUGCUGGAGAAUGCUAUGCCAGAAUACUGUGAACCUCUGGGGCAUUUCACAGGCCAGGACCUAAUCAACCUAACCCAAGAGGAUUUCACAAAGCCUCCUCUGUGCCGAGUCUCCUCUGACAAUGGGCAGCGGCUCUUAGACAUGAUAGAGACCCUGAAGAUGGAGCACCAUAUCGAAGCGCACAAGAAUGGCCACGCCAACGGACACCUCAGCAUUGGCGUCGACAUUCCCAACCCUGACGGCAGCUUCAGCAUCAAGAUUAAACCCAACGGAAUGCCAAAUGGCUUCAGGAAAGAGAUGAUCAAGAUCCCCAUGCCGGAACCCGAGCGCUCCCAGUACCCCAUGGAGUGGGGCAAGACUUUGCUGGCCUUUCUUUACGCACUGUCCUGUUUUGUUCUCACUACAGUGAUGAUCUCGGUCGUCCAUGAACGAGUGCCUCCUAAGGAGGUACAGCCUCCGCUACCGGACACGUUUUUUGACCAUUUUAACCGGGUGCAGUGGGCGUUUUCUAUUUGCGAAAUUAACGGCAUGAUCCUUGUAGGACUCUGGUUAUUUCAGUGGCUGCUCUUAAAAUACAAGUCUAUUAUUAGCAGAAGAUUUUUCUGCAUAGUUGGCACGCUGUACCUGUACCGGUGUAUUACAAUGUAUGUAACUACACUCCCAGUACCCGGCAUGCACUUCAACUGUUCUCCGAAGCUCUUUGGAGACUGGGAAGCUCAAGUGCGGAGGAUAAUGAAGCUCAUUGCUGGAGGUGGCUUGUCCAUCACGGGCUCGCACAACAUGUGUGGGGACUAUCUGUACAGUGGACACACAGUCAUGCUAACGCUCACCUACCUGUUUAUCAAGGAGUAUUCCCCUCGGCGGCUCUGGUGGUACCACUGGAUUUGCUGGCUCCUCAGCGUCGUUGGAAUCUUCUGUAUUCUCUUAGCGCAUGACCACUACACUGUGGACGUGGUGGUAGCAUAUUACAUCACCACAAGACUCUUCUGGUGGUAUCACACGAUGGCCAAUCAGCAAGUGCUGAAGGAAGCUUCCCAGAUGAACCUCCUGGCCAGAGUGUGGUGGUACAGGCCAUUUCAGUACUUUGAAAAGAACGUCCAAGGGAUUGUACCUCGAUCUUACCAUUGGCCCCUUCCCUGGCCGGUAGUCCACCUUAGUAGGCAAGUUAAAUAUAGCCGGCUGGUAAACGACACCUAACAGCCUCGCCGCCUAGGGGAACGAACGAGGAAUGGUCCGAAGUGCUAAGAACUCCGUGAGAGAAGACGCCAUAGAGUAACCACCUCCCCUGCUAUCUCUCAAGUUACCUUGACUGAACCCAUUGAGUUAUCUGCUCAGCACUGUGAUCUUUUUUUUUCUCUCCAAAGGACCCGCGUUGGACAACAAUAAAGAAAAUUUACCAUAUCAUGCACUGUACACAUUUCCUGUUGUUAAGCUUGGGGCUUCUAUACCGGGCAGCCACCAUGUCCCUUGUGUCAUCCAGCCGCGCCACCGUGCGCGUCUGUAUCCUAAGCGCUGGCCUUUCCAGCCACAUCUGGAAAUAAAGUGUGUUAUUUUCUUGGGAAAACAUACUUUUCAUAUAUCUCUCGCCCCAAAGACAGGGCUGUAAGCCAUUUUCUAGUAAAUGUCUCUAUGAAGGGUCCUAUUUGUCUGAAUGGGAGUUGACUCAGAAUCUCUGCCAAUUACACCGAGGCUCGGCUGAAGACGCUAGGUGCAGAGAGGUUUGGUACCUGGGGUUUUAUACAGUCAGCAGAGAUGGUGUAUCAAAAAGUGCAAAAAAGGAUUCUGUUAUAAAGCGAUUUUUCUAAGUAUUUCCUAACUUUAUUUUUCAAAAUGAUGUUAUGAAAACCAAAUUUAAAGAUUUUUACAUGUCACAGAAAAGAGAGUUAAACUUUAAAGAUGCUUCUUGGGAGAGAAAUUUGUCUAUGUUUCUAGUGCCUUUCUUGUCUUGAUUGUAUGGUCGGUUGGUAGGCAAUCUUAAAUGUUUUUAUUUAUUCCAUGAAAAUAUAAAUGUAUGUAUACACUACUAAAUUUCGCAUUUAUAGCUAAAUUAAAGCGAAAGACUGCUAAUGGUUUGAAAACGGUUUUGAACUGAAGAACAGGGGUAUGAAUUAGAGUCUGCGUCUAUUCACAUAUUGUGAGCAGACAGCACUGACAAGUGCCACUGAAAUUCUUCUAUGGAUUUGGUAGUUCGGUUUUAACUACUCAAUAAAAACAGCCAUGAAUAUUUUUUUUUAAAAAAGAGAGUUUCGAAAAUGAUCACUUACCUGAAACUUGAAAGCUAUAAAUUAGUUAUCCACACUCUCAUGACAGGUUUGCUGGUGGGCAACAACAGCAAAAAGAGAGCUAUUUCUUUACAAUAUAUUUGUGCAGAAAGCGCAUGUAACUCUGAGUUUUACUCCUGACAUACGUAUGUUUGGGGAAGUAUUCUACUCUAUACUUGCCAACGUGGAGAACAAAAUAGUUUUCUAAGAGUGAAGAAGUAUAUAUAUAUAUAAAUAUAAAUAUAAAUAUAAUAUCCUUUCUGUAUUUUAUGUGCAGCAGGAUUACCUUCUGUAGGUUUCGUGUGUGUGCACGCGCGUGCAAGAGUGUGUGUAUGCGCGUGCAUGUAUGUGUGCGUGUGUGUGUGUGCGUGUAUGUGUGCGUGUGUAUGUGUGUGUGUAGUGUCUACUCACAAGGUGAUAUUUGUAUUGUAAAACAAUAAUGGUGAAGGAAAUAAAAAGGCUUUUAAAUUUUUGUUUGUUUUAAAUCUUUGUAAAGUUAUUAUUCCAGAGAGUAUACUGAUAAUCUUACAACUUACCUAAAUCAUAAAUUAAUCAAAAUGCACUUUUUAAUAAAAACUUAUACUGAAA